CCCCACACACACACACAUGCAUGCACACUUUUCCCUCCCCUCCCUUCUUAUAUGCUUGUGACCAUUUAGACUUAUUUAAAGAGUGCAGGAGCCCUCCAGUUCAGCCUCUUCCCCCAGCCGAAGAAGAUCAAGUAGCCAGAGUGCCCUUCACGCUUGAGGAUGCCAAACUGGGGAGGUGGAGCCAAGUGCGGUGCUUGUGACAAGACUGUAUAUCAUGCUGAGGAAAUCCAGUGCAACGGCAGGAGUUUUCACAAGACCUGCUUCCACUGCAUGGCUUGCAGAAAAGCUCUGGAUAGUACCACAGUAGCAGCUCACGAAUCUGAAAUCUACUGCAAAACCUGUUAUGGAAGAAAAUAUGGCCCCAAAGGUAUUGGAUUUGGACAAGGGGCAGGAUGCCUCAGCACUGAUACCGGUGAACAUCUAGGCUUGGAUCUACAACAAAGUUCGCCAAAGCCUGCUCGUCCUUCUACACCUACCAACCCUUCAAAGUUUGCCAAAAAGUUUGGAGAUGUGGAGAAGUGCCCUCGCUGUGGCAAAUCAGUAUAUGCUGCAGAGAAAAUCAUGGGAGGAGGAAAACCUUGGCAUAAGACAUGCUUCCGCUGUGCCAUUUGUGGAAAGAGCUUAGAAUCGACAAAUGUUACAGACAAAGAUGGAGAACUGUAUUGUAAAGUUUGCUAUGCAAAGAAUUUUGGUCCCAAAGGAAUUGGAUUUGGUGGCCUCACUCAAGUGGAAAAGAAGGAGUGAAAAAUUCUGUAACAAGUCUUUUGCUAAUGCAACAGGCUAAGUGAAACAAUGAUGCAUUUAUUAAAAAAAGGCAUUUUUUCAAAUUGUUCCUUCAUCUCGUAGGAGAAUUUCUGAAGUAGUUAGAAAAUACAUUUUGACAGAACUGGAUUUAAGUUUAUUCUAAAACGAAUAGAACAUAAUACUGUUCAAUGAAAGUCUGUGAACAAAUGACUAUUUAUUUAAAACUGGAGUUAUAGUAGCCCUGUGCACUUUGCACAGAGAAAUCAUCAUCCCAUGACCCUGGGGUCAAACCAUGGUAUUCUGGAUUUGUAUCAAUCUAAACAGAACAGAAUCUGGCCCAUAAUCUAUACUGUCUCUCAUAUCAUAAAGUUAUACUGGUGCUAUUGCACAAGUGCAAACAUUAUUCAAAUUGCACAUUUCUAAUGUGACACUAGCUAACGAUUUCAAUUCUAUCCCACUCUUUCAUUCCAACACUUCGUGCCCAAAAGCUUGUGUAAACACCUCUCCCAGCUAAGUAUAUCCCACCAAAUACACCACCAAAAUUUUUUCUGUCAAAAGGAAGGACUUCUGGGUGGGGAAAUGAACCUACAUUUUCUUACAACAAGACAGGAUAUUAAACCUAGUUUUGUUACUGUGUUUUAAGCUACAAUAAAAUGUAGAUACUGCUUUCACACUAUGAUUAAGUUACUGUACCUAUUUUCUUGUAUUUUAAGACUCCAUAAUCAUGUCAUACACUAACCUAAACAACCAUGUCCAUUCCAAUUGUAAGAGUUCUGUUUUACCUGAAAAAUGCUAGUCAGAUAUUUUAUUUUGAUCUUUAGUUUACUGAUCUUGAUUUGUGCAGGUUUUCUUAUCUCUAUUCAUACCACCUUUGGUCUUUUCUAUUUUAACAAAAAACACCCAGUAGGACAGAAUAGGCGUAAUAUUGUGUGCAGUCCACUUUGCAUCUUAAAUAUGUUUUACAUCAGAUUAUAGAUAUAGUCUCAAGGUAUGACAUUAAACACUUUAACCUUAAAUAGGCCACUAUUAAAGCCCCAUCUCUGCAGCCUGAAACAAUGUAAAGUAACAGUCUUAUCCUUUACAUUCACCAUUAUAUUUUGGUUACUUGAGGUGUCCAUUUUCAUUAAACAGUGGUUCAUGCAAGUGCAUAUUAAACUAAUCUCUUCUUGUUCAGAGUUAAGAGCACAUUAUCCUUUUGCUGCAGUUAUGUUUAAUGAUUUUUUAAGUGUAUAAAUUUCACAUUUCCCAUGAAUGCUGGGGGAAAAAAAACCAGAAAAUACACUUGAAAGCACAAAUGCUCUAAUUUAUUAAAUGUUAAAUCUGUACAAAAA